GGGGGGCCACUCCAUGCCCCAGAAUCCCCUGUAGGUGGGGUUCAAGAUGGAGAUAUGGGCAUGCAUGAAGGAGAGUGCUGGGUGAGAAUGAUCUGGAUCACAAAGAGAGAGAAGAACCAAGUGUUUCUAUUACUGAUGGAGGCAAUGAGGAUGUUGGGAUCCCCAAGGGUGAAGGUCCUAGUGGGCCUGAUGUAGGGACUAGGGAAAGGCAGAUCUGGCAACCAAAAAUGAGCUGUGGGCCAGAACACCUGGAUCAAGAAGAGGCAGGGAGUUUUAGGAAAGGAGCCAGGCAUAGAAACACCCAGCUUUCUCUGGGACAUUCAAGUGACACCUGUUGCCACAGACUGAAUCAAGAAUGAGGGUGGACCGUGAGAUCUAUUGUCUCUAAAACCACUGGCCCAGCCUGUUUCUUCUGUCCCCCACCCCACUAACAGGAUAAAGGUGCUGUCUUGGACUGAAGGAGAUGCUGGAGACAAGCAGGAUGCUGGCCCGUGUGGCAGGGAGUCGGGCUCCUCUGGGCCUGCUCCUGGUCUGUCUGCAUCUCCCAGGCUUCUUUGCCCGGAGCAUCGGUGCCAUGGAGGAGAAAGUUUCUCCCCACUUGGGGACAAACUUGCCUCUGCUGGGACAACCUUCCUUCACUGGUCCCACCAACUAUGGACAUCCUCAGCCGAAACCAAACUCUGGGUCUAAUGACUUAGAGGGAGUUCCUCUCAAGCCCAAUGUUCCUCCACCAGAUGGCUCCCAACCUGCAGGGGGAUCUGGGGUGCGGAGGUGGCCUCCAUCCUGGGGGCCUCCUCUGGGGUUCUGGCCCUCUGAGGAUCCUUGGCAGAUGGAUGCUGCAAACGAGGACCAGCUGGGAGAGAUGCCACCUGAAGGACUGCCUUACCUUUCCAGUGCUGGUGCUGUCCCACUGGGUGGCCGUCCUUUGUCUGUGGCAUCCUCUGCUCACCCGGAAGAGCCCUCAUCUGAGACUUCACUUCUCCAGAAGAACUCAGAGUCAGGACAGCUGCCACGUUCUAAUUUGCUGGGAGCCCAGAGACAAGCUCUUUCCCAGCACCCUUUCUGGUCUCUCAUCCAUAGGCUUCUGCCUGGCAUCCCCUGGGGGACCCUGAGUCCUGGUGUGUCCUGGGGAGGUGGAGGUCCUGGGACUGGCUGGGGAACAAGGCCCAUAGCACGCCCUCCUGGAACCUGGGGUAUCCAUAAUCAAUUCCCAGGUAGCAUCUGGGGGAAUAUUAAUCGGUAUCCUGGAAGCAUCUGGGGGAAUAUUAAUCGGUAUCCAGGUACCAGCUGGGGGAAUAUUCAUUUGCGCCCAGGUAUCAAUAAUCGGUUUCCUCCUGGCCUCUCUUGGAACACCCCAGCUGGUUUCCCUAAUCCUCAGAACCCUGAUGAGCAGUGGGAGUAGAGAUGGUGAGAGGAACCCCGAGUCAGAGGAGGGAGUGGAGCUCCAGCCCCUCAUGAUACAAGUUGAAUCAGGUUCCAUCAGCACUUUCCAACAUUAUCCCCAUUUUUACCUCCUCCCUUACUGCUCCACGAUAAUCUCCAAUAAAAUAAGCAACUCUUGAA